AGGUAAAUGGCUACUCUUAAGUCGAGACAGUAAAAUCCAUGAAUAUUUAGCAUCAAAGAUACCCAAAUCCUCUGAGUUGCAGCGGUUAUUGGCAGUGUUGAGAACCAGAAAAUGUUGGUUACCGCUACAAAUACUUAUCCUUUCAACUGCGUGUUUCCGCAAUUCUCUGCUGCUCCCAAUUUUAGUAUUUUCAGAGCAUCCAAUAGUUUUCCAACCGGAAGAUUCGUUUCUCUUCUUGCUAAGAAAUGGAAGAAAAAUCCAGUUACUUGUCGAGUCGGGUCAAAAUGGGCUGAGCCGUCGGAAACUUUGCCGGGAGUUUGGGAAGAUCCUAAUGAUGGAAGCGGUAGUGACUAUGAUGAAGAUGACGAAGAACAAGCGGAAAAUGAUAUGGAUUAUGAGAGUGAUUGGGAGGAGGACGAAACACGUGCUGCAUCUACUACUAGGCGUGGUUAUAAUUCCGCAGAACACAGUGAUGAGGAAGGUUCAGAGGAAGAAAUGUAUGCUGCCUCGACUAGUAGAAGAGUUGAUGAUUCGGGAUCAAGCGGUUACGAUGAGGAGCUUGCGAAAGAGGUUGAAGAACUUCUAGGUCCAGAAGAAAGAGCAAUAUUACAACAGAAUGGAACUUAUAACCUCAACAAACUAUCAACUGCGAAAUGGAGGCCGCUCCAGACACUGGCACUAUCAGGACAGAUACGGUUUAUGGAUAAGCUGGUAAAAGAUGGACUUGAUAUUGACAGUGUUGAUAAGGAUGGUCUUACAGCUCUGCAUAAGGCAAUUAUUGGUAAAAAGGAGGCUGUGAUUAGUCAUCUUGUAAGAAAAGGUGCAAACCUUCAAGUUUUAGACCGGGAUGGUGCUAGCCCUUUGCACUAUGCAGCUCAGGUUGGUGCAAUGCAGACGGUGAAGUUAUUAAUUAAACACAAUGUUGAUGUCAAUGUUGCGGAUAAUGAAGGUUGGACUCCUUUGCAUGUUGCAGUACAAACUAGAAAGAGAGAUAUAGUUAAAGUUCUGUUAGUGAACGGUGCAGAUAAGAAUAGAAGAAACAUGGAUGGAAUGACACCGCUGGAUCUUUGCUUAUGUUAUGGCAGAGACUUCAAGUCAUAUGACCUUGCUAAGCUAGUAAUGGUUGUACCUGCUAAUAGAGAACUUUGACGGGCAUUUGGUUAGGAAAAACAUCCAGGCAUGGCGUAGUUUUGCCUUCUCCGUAGUGCAACUUGCAGUAUAGUCAACUUUCUGUUCUUCCCAAAAUGCAUAUUGCACCCUAAUGCAAGUACAAGUAGCUGAGAAAAAACUAACAAUUGGACUGCCAUUUUUGCUAGCUAGUGAUACAGUGCUUUUAGAAAUUGAUUAUAAGAAUUAGACAAACAGUUUGUAGGUUUAUAUAGAAAUGAGUAGACAUCAAAUUAUGCUCAAAAGGAUAUUCUAUUCCUUUUGAUUAGUCAGAACAGAUCCUUCCAAUUAAGUUUGUUAAUUAUCAUAGGUGAUCAAUGUUUUUUUUU